UCUCCAUCCAUCCCAGAGGAAGCCUAAUCCCGUUAGCUGUGCUUUCUCAUGGAUAAUCCCUCCACUUCCCACCUGACUGUCCUUCAGCCUCAGCCUCUCUCUGGGAUGACCAUCUUCUGCUGAACACUGCAGCAUGUUUAGCUGGGUGAUAAAGGUUGUUCCCCAGCCUCCAGCAUCUCCUGGGAAGCUGGCAGAGGAGGACCAGACCAAUGCUUCCACUGCAGCGCCUGCGACUGAUGUGACGAAAAAAGAGGAAGUAAAACAAGAACCUUCCAAGCCAACGGAAGAGGAAAACAGCUCUCAGAGUGGAGUUUUGAGUUGGCUCUCUCAUGGGUUCAGCAGUGCUCUCCCUCAGCCAGUAAACUCCUCUAAACUGGCCAGCAGUGAAGUUAAGCAUGAGGGAAAUACAGUGAGCAGCAGUAACACAUCGGACCAAGCUGGAAUGAUAGGCUGGAUUGUGCAGGGACUGGGAAAAGUAGUUCCACAGCCAGAUGAGAAAUACAAGGGUCACACAGAGCCGGAGGAGGUCACUGAGGGUGAGAUCGGCCGAGAGAUGUACAUCAUCAAAGCUGGAGAGGUGCAGGUGGUUGGAGGGCCUGAUGGGGCGACGGUGUUUGUGACUCUGAGAGCUGGCUCUGUGUUUGGGGAAAUCAGGAAAAUGUUGACCAAAGAUAAGAGGCAUGCAGAUGAGAAAGGCCAGGCUACAGAGACGGGUGAGGUCAUCCCGCAGCGGCCGGAGACACCCAAACUAUACAAGGCUGCACUGGAGGUUGGCACAGGAGAGACUUUUGCCAAGCUGAAGGAGACAUAUAGGGGAGCAACUCUAGAGCCAUACACUCCUGUCUCUGGCAGGACCUCCACAGCUCCAGUGCCUCCUCCCUCCCCAAUGCACCGCCGUUCACCCAUUCCCCGGCCUCGUGUCCCGGAUGAAGAUGACACGGUAUCAGAGACCACCGACAGCACCAUGAUCAUCCGCAUGACUCCCCGCGUUGAGGGAGAGGAGAUUCUCACCGUGGAAGUCAGUCCAGGAGAGGGAUUGGAGGAAGAAGAGCUGAACAAAUCUGAAGACUAGUGAGAGAAAGGAUGAGGGCAAGGACAAAAACCAGAGUAGGGAUGGGGAAGAUAGCCUGAAGAAAAGCCCAAUGCAUACAGCCCUCAUCAAGAUUUCUGUUUUAGCAUGAUGGUGAAAUUCCUAAACAU